UUUGGAACUGUUUCGCUUCUUCCUACUGCAAUGUGUUCUCUUCAAUAUUCUUCCUCAAUCGAAAUUUCAUUCGAAACCCAAAAAUUCGUUAAAAUCCCUCUCUUCCCUCGUCUAUAUCCCAUCAGAUCCCGUAAUUAUCCUCUUGUGUUGAGGGCAGCGACGUCAAAUGAAGAAAUUCCUCCUAAUGCCGUUCGCCGGAAAAUAGACCCGGACUGGAGAGGUGGGUUUAGUCUCGGCGUAGAUUUGGGGUUAUCUCGGACCGGAAUCGCCAUUAGUAAAGGCUACACUGUUCGACCUCUCACGGUUCUGAAAUCGAGAGGGCAAAAGCUCGAGACCAGGCUAUUAGAAAUUGCCGAAGAAGAGGAGGUUGAUGAAUUCAUAAUUGGGUUGCCGAGAUCUUCCGACGGGAAAGAGACGAUCCAGUCAAACAAGGUUCGAUCUGUUGCCGGACGGCUUGCAGUCCAAGCCGCCGAGAAGGGUUGGAGGGUUUAUGUAUUGGAUGAACAUGGGACAUCAUCUGAAGCUUCGGACAGAAUGAUUGUAAUGGGACUCCGCAAGAUUGAAAGACAGAACAGAGAAGAUGCAUUCGCUGCAGUGAUACUGUUGGAGAGAUAUUUCUCUACGCAAGGUCUAGGAACCGAGAUUAUUCUUCCAAAGAGUUUAGACCUUCAAGAGAAGAUCAAGAAGGGUGCACUUGUAGACCCCGACUUUUUGCCAGAAAAGCUCGAAGAGUAUUACACAUUCUGAAGUAGUUUCGGUAUAUACAUUCAAACACAAGAAUAAACUUUCUGGUUAUGGUUGUGUAGUCACAAAAUGUUUUUGAACAAAACUUCUGGUUAAGCAAAGAUCCAAUUUUU